AUGCGACAAACUCUUCUCUGCUUAAUUCUCGUUUGCUUGAUCGGCAGUCUACAAUGCCAAGAACCAUCGGGCCUCCGAUAUCCACGUUACUUUGCCGCCUGCAACUCGAUGUGUAGAUCAGCAAAGCCCAUUUAUAACUUACAAAAAUGUUGCCAGAGUAAAUCAGGGCACAGUUGGGGUUUCUGCACAGGAGACCGGCAAGCAAUUUGCAUGGACAAAGAUGUCACCUAUCUAAAUGGCUUUCUUUUCUGUCUUGGAAGUUGCGAAGGAAAA